AUGUUGUGCCGGGUGCCCAAGUUGGGCACCGUGCCAGCGCGGUGCUGCUCGCUGCCCACCUGGGGCCCGUGGACUGAGGCUGGCCGUCUCUGCUCCCAGCAAUACCGCGCCAUCAGAGGCUUCCGUCGGGCCCCCCGGCUGUGCUCGUCCGCUUCACAGGACAUAGCCUGGCUGGUUGGAGCGCAGGACGGAGAUGUGCCGGAUUGCGCGACAGAUUAUGAGGCCAUUUUUGUGCUGGCGGGGGGAUUCACUGCUCAAGGCACACUGCCGCCCAGUGUCACCAGGAGGAUGGACGCUGUAAUCGACAUACAGAAGAGGCAGGACGCGUUCUGCCCCAUUGUCUGCCUAGGGGGUGGCACGCCACACAAGAAGCCUCCAUUGACAGAGCAAGGCUAUCCUGUCCAUGAAUCAACUCGUUUGUCAGAGUAUCUUCUGUCACAUGGAUUGGAUCCUGUAAGAGACGGGAUCUACAAGGAAGUGUCUUCCCAUGACACGAUAGGCAAUGUGUACUUUGCUCUGACGAUCCAUGCAUUGCCAGCCAGGUGGCGAAAAAUGGCCAUUGUCACCAGUGCAUUUCACAUGCCGAGGACGAAACAACUGUUUAAAGAUGUGUUUGAACUAGCUGAGGAAGGCAAUGCUUAUGGGGAAUCGAAACGGUUUCUCCUUGAUUUCUUCCCUGUUGACGACAGGGGCACGAUGGCUGACAAGGUUCUGCAGGCUCGGCGAGCACGAGAGGCCGAGAGCUUGAAAACCUGGGUGAUGAAAAGCAAGCCGCAGCUGAAAAGCCUGGCGGAUAUGCACGCAUGGUUGCACAACACGCAUUUAUGUUAUGCAGUGGGUCGACAGCACGAGUUUGGAAUUCCCCGCAUGGAAAAUGAUAUGGCCAUGGCCUCCUACUGA